AUGUUUAACCCAUACAUAUUAGACAUCCCAGCUGUAGUUUUUGACAAUGGAUCAGGAAUCUGCAAAGCAGGCCUGUCUGGAGAGAUGGCACCCCUUCAUGUCAUCAGUUCUGUCUUGGGGCAUCCUUAGUUUAACAUGCCAUUAUCAGAACCCUAUCAGAAAAGCUACAUUGUGGGGGGAAAUGCCCAGUACAAGUAUGAGGCCUUCCAGUUACACUAUCCCAUUGAGCGUGGGCUGGUAACAGGGUGGGAUGACAUGGAGACACUCUGGGAAUAUCUUUUUGAGUGGGAACUGGGAGUAAAAUCCUCUCAACAGCCUGUACUCAUGACUGAGACCUCCUUGAACCCAAUGGAGACUCGAGAGAAGAUGGCAGAAGUAAUGUUUGAGACCUUCAAGGUGCCUGCCUUGUACCUGUCUAACCAAACGGCGGCAGCACUCUAUGCCUCUGCCUCUGUCACAGGCCUUUUGGUGGACAGUGGGGACGGAGUCACUUGCAUGUUUCCUGUCUUUGAAGGUUACUCCCUGCCUCAUGCUAUCACCAAGCUCGACAUGGCAGGGAAGGAUGUCACAGAGCACCUUGCCCAGCUGCUCCUCACUAGUGGGCGUGCCUUCCCUUACAUACUCAACAAGGACUUAGUGGACGACAUCAAAGAGAAGCUGUGCUAUGUGCCCUUAGAUCCAGAGAAAGAGCCACAUAAGAGCCCAAAGGAAGUCCUGAAAAAAUACCUACUGCCAGAUGGGAAUGUCAUCUACAUUGGGGAACAGCGAUACCAGGUGCCAGAGAUUCUUUUCACACCUCAGCAGCUAGACAUCCACAGCCUGGGACUUUCAAAAAUGAUGGUCAGCAGCAUUAUGAAGUGUGAGAAGAAUCUCUUUGCAGAAAUUGUACUGUCUGGGAGCAACACUCUCUUCCCUGGGAUUGAGGAAAGACUUAUGAAAGAACUGAAAGAGCUGGCUUCAAGAGGAACUCACAUCAAAAUCACAGCUUCUCCAGAUAUGUUCUCUGCCUGGAUUGGUGCUUCCACCAUGAGUUCUCUGAGCAGUUUCAAACCAAUGUGGAUCACUUCUGCAUAGUUCCUGGAGUUUGGGACAUGUGUCAUUCAGAGAAGAUGCUUUUAA